AUGUCGUCAAGUUCUAAUUUUGAAGCUUCCAAUCUUCUUGAAGACAAUGAAUGGGAAGAAAAAAUUGUUGAACAAAAUCAGCAACUCGAUCAACUAAUCGAGGAUAUAGCUAUUUGGCCAACAACCCUGUCUUCAAAACCUACAACCCAGACGGUUAGAGCUAGAAGGAGAUACAUUGAAAGAAAACGCGAGGAGGGUCAUGAUACUAUUUUCGAGCAGUACUUUUCUGAAGAUCCAAUCAAUCCUCCACAUUUUUUUCGAACAAGGUAUCGCAUGCGAAAACCUUUGUUCGAAAAAAUAAUGAACAAACUCAUCGAGACCGACAACUUUUUUGUGCAAAAGCGUGAUGCUACUGGUCGGCUUGGUAUGUCUGCAAUUCAGAAAUGUACAAUAGCGAUGAGGAUGUUGGCCUACGGGGCGGAGGCUGACUUGCGAAAUAUUGGAGAAUGA